AUGAAAUUGAGUUUAUUAUUAUUUACUGUUUUUCAAAUUGCCAGUGCUUCCCAAAUUAUCAACCUAGACAUCCAUUUGAAAGAUGAUUGCAACUCAAAUUGUUACCAAUUAGCUAACCAAAUAGAGGAUUGUGGUUACUCUGAUGAGUCUGUAUCGAAUCAAGAUCUAUACAAAUGCUUAUGUGACAAGAAUGAGUUUUGGACUAGCUGGGAGAAGUGUGAUUGUGUACCAACUAAAAAGAAUACUUUUUCAUCAGCUGUUUGUGAAGUAGCAGAGAUUUCUAGCUUGCCUACUGAUGAACAACGGUCAGCUAUCCUUGGGUUUGGAGAUUCUGCCGCUAGUGCUACUGAAUCGGCCAGUACAACUUCAAGUGACUCUCACUCAUCUUCUAAACCCAAAUCAUCAACUGCUGGUGGUGUUUAUUUGAAGACUUUUGGCAUUGGGUCAGCUUUUGCUUUGGCGUUGAACUUGAUCUGA